UCCAGUUCCUUCGCCGUCCCGCCUCAGUUCCAGCUAAACUGCGUCGAGUUCACCGUCUUUCUCUUCUCGAUUAAACCUCGUCUCCGACACUUCUAAUCGUCCCCACUGUAUAUAUAUAGUACUGCAGUGUAUAUAUAUACGAUGGAUGCUUUGCUACCUCUUCUUCUCCUUGUUCUCGUACUUGUCUCCUGCCAAUAUUGGCUGGCCAAGAAGUCCAAGUCGGCCAAGAGAAAAAACGAGGCCCCCCAACCGGCCGGCGCGUGGCCCGUCCUUGGCCACCUCCACCUCCUCGGCUCCCACAACAACAUCGGCCGGGCACUGAAAGCGGUGGCCGACGCCGUCGGGCCUGUCUUUGCACUCCGGCUCGGCGCGCGCCCGGCCCUGGUUGUCAGCACUUGGGAGGCCGCCAGGGAGUGCUUCACUACCAAUGACAAGGCCCUCGCCGGCCGCCCCACGAGCACUGCCAGCAAGCUCAUGUGCUACAACAACGCCAUGGUGGGGUUCUCCCCCUACGGGCCCUAUUGGCGCCAAGUUCGCAAGAUCUUUACUGUGGAGCUCCUCUCCCAUGCCCGGCUCUGCUCCCACGCUCACGUCCGUGCCUCGGAGGUCGAUGCAUUCGCCAAGACCCUCUACGGACUAUGUCGUAAGGUCGACGGUGGCCCUGCGAGGGUGGAGAUGAGCAAGUGGUUCCAGGAGCUGACGUUCAACGUGGUAGCAAGGAUGGUGGCGGGAAAGAGGUGCUUCGUCUAUGGUGCCGUCGAUGACGGCGGCAACAGGGAGGCUCGGAGGUUCACCGGAGCGAUGCACCGGAUGAUGGAGCUCUUGGGAGCCUUUAUGGUCUCCGACGUGGUGCCGUUCCUCAGGUGGUUGGACCUGGGGGGCUACCAGAGGGCGAUGAAGCGCACCGCGGCGGAGAUGGACGGUAUCAUUGGAGGGUGGUUGAGGGAGCACCGCGACCGGCGAUCAGAAGGGCGGGCUGAGGGAAAGGAAGACUUCAUGGAUGUGAUGCUGUCGACAAUGGAGAAGGAAGGGGAGCUGUUUUCCGACCAUGAUCCGGAUACAGUCAUCAAGGCGAAUUCUCUGGCUCUCAUUAUAGCUGGCACGGACACCACAAGCGUGACCAUGAUCUGGGCUCUGGCCCUACUGCUCAACCACCCAAACGUCCUAAGGACGGCCCAAGAAGAGCUGGACAGCCAUGUAGGCAAGGACCGUAACGUUAAGGAGUCGGACGUGGAGAAGCUGGUCUACCUCCAAGCCAUCGUGAAGGAAACACUCCGCCUGUACCCGCCUGGUCCAACCCUGAUCCCCCACCAGACCAUGGAGGACUGCCAGGUGAGCGGCUUCGACGUGCCGGCGGGCACGCAAGUGCUGGUUAAUGCAUGGGCUAUCCAGCAUGAUCCAGAGGUGUGGCCGGACCCAUCGGCCUUCCGCCCGGAGAGGUUUCUGACGAGCCAUAAGGACGUCGACAUCCGGGGCCGGCACUUCGAGCUCCUGCCGUUCGGGUCAGGCCGGCGGGCAUGCCCGGGGGCGUCGUUUGCGCUGCAGGUCGUGCACCUGGCGCUCGCUCGCAUAAUCCAUGGGUUCGAUAUGGCAGGCGGACCUGUGGAUAUGACCGAGGGCAAAGGUGCUACUCUACCCAAGGCCACUCCAUUGCAAGUCCUCGUCACCCCACGGUUACCUCCUGGGCUCUACCAAUAACUGGGCGAGUGGAUUAAAUAAGUGAAGCUGGCUUAGAUCAAUUUGAAGUGCGUUCACCACUCUAUAAGUUCUCAAUGAUUUGUUAUCAUUCUGAUUCCUAGGUUGAUAUUCUCAAGAUGUACCUUUUAAGGAAUCAGGUAAUCAUUUCCUGGGUUAAGAUCAUAUCUGAAAACCCAGGCAUGUAGAUAGAUUGGCUCUAUAUAAGCAAUGCAAGAGUUUCCAAGUUAUCCGAUAUAUAGCUA